GCCGCGCUGUGGGGAUUUGACGUGUCGCGUCUGCUGCACUUCCUCUGUUUUUCUGCUGUACCGAACGGGCCGAGGCCGAACUUCAAACGCGUAAAAUCAUUUAUUUCGGAGGAUGGUGUGAUCGCCGCUCGACCAUCACCGUCUCCGUGUCUCUGCCUGACCGCUGAAGGGAGUUCGAGCUGCGGGACUGAUCAGCGUUAACCGCCAACGAUGCAGUUCUCUCCGACCAACGGAGAUUUUACCUUCGUCUCGUCGACUGACGCCGAAGAACUGAGCGGCACCAUUGAUGCCCCAGACAUCAAGCUGAACAUGGGCAGCGAUCACAGCAGGGAUGCAUACGCUGCCACGUUCCUCAGGCAGAGAGGUUAUGGCUGGCUGCUGGAGGUAGAGGAGGAUGAGGCUGAGGACACUAAGCCUCUGCUGGAGGAGCUGGAUAUUGACCUGAAGGACAUCUACUAUAAGGUCAGGUGUGUGCUGAUGCCUAUGCCAUCCCUGGGCUUCAACAGGCAGGUGGUCCGGGACAAUCCUGACUUCUGGGGACCGCUGGCUGUCGUGCUACUCUUCUCCAUGAUCUCCAUCUAUGGACAGUUUCGGGUUGUGUCCUGGAUAAUUACCAUUUGGAUAUUUGGAUCUCUGACAAUUUUCCUUCUUGCACGAGUGCUUGGCGGAGAGGUUUCUUACGGUCAAGUCCUCGGAGUGAUUGGAUACUCGUUGCUCCCGCUCAUCGUAAUAGCUCCGGUUCUCCUGAUUACUGGGAGUUUUGACAUUGUCUCUACACUCAUAAAGCUCGGUGGAGUAUUCUGGGCUGCGUACAGCGCCGCGUCGCUACUCGUUGGUGACGAGUUCAAGACAAAGAAGCCGCUCCUCAUAUACCCCAUCUUCCUUUUGUAUAUCUACUUCCUGUCCCUGUAUACUGGCGUCUGAUUGGACCACGGGCCUUAAAUGGCACGUUGCUUGGACACUGAUACAGCGCACCGGGGGGAGGUACACUGCUGGACUGUUUACAUGAUGCAGAAGAAGGAGCAUGGAUCCUUUAUUUUCUUUUUUAUUUACUUUUUAUUUUACCCGGAUUAUUCCUCCACAGUGAGUCUUGAAGUGUACAGAGUUGAUGUAUUUAAUGUAAUUAACUUUGUACCCACUGAAAAGGUAUAGUUUUAUCAAGCAAUGCCGUUUAGAUAUUGCUCUUGCACAGAGAACUCUAGUCGUGUGAAGGCUAUUCUACAAAGUACACUAAAAAGAGAAAACCCUUUUCCAAAUGUUACGUUGCAAUUGGAUCUGAUAACCAUGACAGUCAUGUAUCAGACAUCCCCUUCAAUGUAUUAUCAAGCCUAAUGGUGUAGAUAUCUGUAAUUCAUCUCAGUCCUAAAUUAAAUGUUGAUGGGGCCCUUUUUCUCUGUAAUAUUUUGAGGUGACUGGGAUUUUUUUUUCUUUGCUGUUGACACAUUCUCUGCAGUUUUGAUUCUUAACUUAUAAAUUUAACCAGAAAAAAAAACGAAAGGGUUGUAGAACCUGAGUAAAACCAUGUCUACUAAGAAUGGGUGCCUUUUAUUAGUUGUUUUAUAUGGCUGUGGUUUAUUUUAUUGGACUGUAAAUGUAGCCAAAAAAAUGUAUUUGUAUAACUUGCGAUCCGAGACAACUUUAUACUUAGCAAUGUAUGAAACACAUGACAGGAUUGUAACCAGUUUCUUUCGAAAAUAAUUCAGUCCAGAAUAUUGUGAUAUUAAUAUACAGGUCAUUCAUUUGAUUAAAAAGCAUUUCCGUCAUA